AUGACUCAACUCAACGGUCAGAACCGGCAGCAGGCCACCUACAGCAACGGCCACCGCAAGUUUUUUGAGGAUGUCGGUGUAUGGAAGGAUGCUCCCCUUCUCAAGGGAAGCACCAAGUUCGAGCCUCUGCCUGAUGUCAAGAACAUCAUGAUUACCGGUGGUGCAGGCUUCAUCGCUUGCUGGCUCGUCCGCCAUCUCACUCUCACUUACCCUGAUCACUACAACAUCGUCUCCUUCGACAAGCUGGACUACUGCUCGUCGCUCAACAACACCCGUGUGCUGAACGAGAAGUCCAACUUCACUUUCGUCCACGGCGAUAUUACCAACCCCACCGAAGUCGUCCAGUGCCUGAAGAGGUACAAGAUCGACACCAUCUUCCACUUCGCCGCUCAGUCCCACGUCGAUUUGAGCUUCGGUAACUCUUACGGAUUCACACACGCCAACGUCUACGGUACCCACGUGCUGCUGGAGAGUGCCAAGAGCGUUAACAUCAAGCGCUUCAUCCACAUCUCUACUGACGAGGUCUACGGUGAGGUCAACGAUGAUGACGAUGACCUUCUUGAGACGAGCAUUCUCGCCCCCACCAACCCGUACGCUGCCAGCAAGGCUGCCGCCGAGAUGCUGGUCCAGUCCUACCAGAAGAGCUUUAAGCUUCCCGUCAUUAUCGUCCGUAGCAACAACGUCUACGGGCCCCACCAGUUCCCCGAGAAAAUCAUUCCCAAGUUCUCAUGCUUGCUGAACCGUGGUCAACCUGUUGUCCUCCACGGUGACGGUAGCCCCACCCGCAGGUACUUGUUCGCCGGAGAUGCUGCCGAUGCUUUCGACACCAUCCUUCACAAGGGCCAGAUGGGCCAAAUCUACAACGUUGGCUCAUACGAUGAGAUCUCCAACAUUGAUCUGUGCAGCCAUCUGCUCAAGGAGAUGGGAAUCCCCCACGACACGACGGAGGAGUUCAAGAACUGGGUCAAGUACACCCACGACCGCCCCUUCAACGACCACCGCUACGCUGUCGACGGCACCAAGCUGCGUCAGCUUGGCUGGGACCAGAAGACCAGCUUUGCCGAGGGCCUCAAGAUCACGGUCAACUGGUACCGUCGCUUUGGUGAGGAGUGGUGGGGUGACAUCACCAACGUCCUUACGCCGUUCCCCGUUGUCCAGGGCCUGGACGUGUCCGGCGACCAGGAGCCCAUCAGCAACUCGCCGCCUACGCCCGAGAACAAGAAGAGGAAGACUGUCGACGGUGUCAACGGCAACGGAAACGGCCAUGCCGUCAGGGCCUAG